AUGGAUCCUCCAGCGGUGACCAGGAGCGCCUCUGAUGACCGCUAUACAGUCAUGGCUUAUGAUGGUAACUUUUCGGAACCAACCAGACUUCCGCUGAACAGGAGCGCAGAGCAGAGCGCAGUGAGCGAGAGGACGCACAUGAUCAUCGCCAUCUCCAUCACGGCGAUUUACUCGGCGAUCUGCGCUCUGGGACUGCUGGGAAACGUGCUGGUGUUGUACGGCGUGGUCAGGUACACAAAGAUGAAGACUGCAACCAACAUUUACAUCUUCAAUUUGGCUUUGGCAGAUGCUUUGGCCACCAGCACACUGCCGUUCCAGAGUGCCAAGUAUCUGAUGAGGACCUGGCCUUUUGGGGAGCUGCUGUGUAAAAUAAUCAUUGCUAUUGACUACUACAACAUGUUCACCAGUAUCUUUACUCUGACAAUGAUGAGUGUAGACCGCUACAUCGCUGUGUGCCAUCCAGUGAGGGCUCUUGACUUCAGGACGCCUGUGAAAGCAAAGAUCAUCAACGUCUGCAUCUGGAUCUUGUCCUCUGCCAUUGGUAUUCCAAUAAUGAUCACUGCUGUAACAAGAGUGAAAGACAAUGGUACAACCAUCUGUAUGCUGAAAUUUCCCAACCCUGAACCGUAUUAUGACAAGGUAACAAAGAUCUGUGUAUUCAUCUUUGCCUUUGUGGUGCCUGUUUUGGUGAUCUCAGCCUGCUAUGGGCUGAUGAUCCUGCGGCUGAAGAGUGUACGCUUGCUCUCUGGUUCCAAGGAGAAGGACAAGAACCUGCGCCGCAUUACACGUAUGGUGCUGGUAGUGGUGGCAGCCUUUAUUAUCUGCUGGACUCCUAUCCAUAUCUUCAUCAUAAUCAAGGCCUUCAUAGAGAUCGACCAGAAGAACCCACUUGUGAUCAUCAGCUGGCACUUGUGCAUUGCUCUGGGCUAUAUGAACAGUAGCCUAAACCCAGUCUUGUAUGCUUUCCUGGAUGAGAAUUUCAAAAGAUGCUUUCGAGAAUUUUGCCUGCCCUUCCGAGCUCACAUGGAGCAGAGCAGCUUUUCGCAAGGCCACAACACCACCAGGGAACCCACCUCAGUCUGUGGGACAGUAGCUUCAGCGAGAAAUCCCACAUGA